GCUGCUGUCGCGCAUGCGCAGAACGAGAGAGGUAGUCGUCAUGGCGGACACUUGCUGGCCGAGCUGCGCUACGAAUUUAAAAGGCGUCAUACUGGACAUGUGCGGAGUUUUGUAUGACAGCGGGGAGGGGGACGGAGUGGCCAUCCCUGGCUCCGUCGAAGCCGUGAGGAAGCUCAAAGCGUCCGACCUGAAGUUGAGAUUCUGUACCAAUGAAACUCAGGCUGCGAGAGAGAAGUUUGUGGCCAAACUCCAAAGAUUGGGAUUUGACAUUUGUGUCAGUGAGGUCUUCUCUCCUGCACCUGCAGCAGUUGCUGUGCUGAGGCAAAGAGGGCUGCGGCCCCACCUGCUGGUCUACGAUGCGCUUCUGCCUGAGUUUGACGGUAUCGACACGAGCGAUCCCAAUUGCGUGGUGAUCGGUGAUGCGGCUGAAAGGUUCUCUUACGCCAACUUAAAUGAAGCAUUCAGGGUCCUGAUCGGCCUAGAGAAGCCAACCUUGUUCUCUCUCGGAAAAGGAAAGUAUUACAAAGAGACGGAUGGUCUGAAGCUUGAUGUGGGAGUUUACAUGAAGGCUCUGGAGUACGCUUGUGACGUGGAGGCCGAGGUCAUCGGGAAGCCCUCUGCCACGUUCUUCCAGAGCGUUCUCAACGACAUGGCUCUGCAGCCACAUGAGGUGAUGAUGAUUGGCGACGAUCUGGUGAACGAUGUUGGCGGUGCCCAGCAAGUCGGAAUGAAAGGUGUGCAAGUCCGAACAGGAAAAUACAGGCCCAGUGACCAGAGGCACCCGAGCGUGAUUGCCGACGGGACGGCCGACAACCUGGCCCAGGCUGUGGACGUGAUCCUCAACCGCAGGGGGAAACCCUAAGGGGCGAAAAUACAGUAGAUGUGAUAAAUACUACGCUGAUGUACAACCACCAAACAAUGACAGCAGACACGAUUUGUGCUUGGGGGUGCAAACGUCUUGGCAUGUUUAUGACACACUUGCAGUGUGUUCAUCUCUCCCGAGGAGGGCGCUGUCUACCCGUCACAAACGUUAAUGAAGCUUUUGUUUACAUUUCAGCUGAGCUUUCUCGGUUGCCGUAGACAUCUUUUUUUAUAGAUGGACUUUCUCGUUAAAUGCCAGUUGUGUUUUGAUUGAGUAAUUUAAACAUUUUCACGCUCUCUUUCCUUGCCGUUAAUAGGUUAAUUUACACCAUUUGCGGGCAUAAUUGCGACAGGAUCCGCUAUUUUGUUUAUUUGUUACGUCACUGGAAGCUCGAGAUCAACUAAGGUAACGCCUCGUAGCACUCAUCUGUCAAUCAAGGAACACGUUUGACAUACGCAAACACACUGAUGGCAGGGGAAAGAAGAACCCAACUCCAGCAAUAAAGGGCAAAACAGUUGAAAAGAGACUUGGAUUAAGCGUCAAAGCGCUUAACGUGACUGUCGCAGGGCACUUUAGCGUGCGCUCUCCGCCUUCUCGCCGUCCAUGUUCGUCUCCAGCAUUUUCCACAGGGCCCGGAUGUUGCCCUCACCGAAACC